CAAUCAAAUUCAAACCCAAUACCCAAAUUUCCUCUCUUUCUCUCUCUACAAAACUCAAUUCUAGAGAGAGAAACCCUACAUUUCAUGCAAAACACAAAAUAUUAAGACAUUAUGAAACCAACAAAACCACCAAUUCUCAAAUAUUUUCUCAUAUCCCUUUUCUUUUUCCUCCCAUUUCUUCUCUUUUUCUACAAAACCACCACCCCACCACCGCACAACCACCGUGAUCCCACCGCCGGUUUAACAAUCCGACCAGGCUACAAAACCUACGAAUCAUACAUACAACGUCAACUAAACAAAACCCUAAAUCCAAAACUAAGACAAACUUGGCUCACACGUGACUGGGAUCGUAAAGUUACCGUUUUCACACAAUUUUUCCAAGAUUUCAAACAGAAAAAACUUCUUUUUAACGACUCAAAAUCUUUAAGCAUCGGAGCGCGCGUCGGACAAGAAGUUGAAGCUCUAAAACGCGCCGGAGUUCUCGACGCCGUCGGUAUUGAUCUUGUGCCGUACCCACCGUUGGUUAUUAAAGGUGACUUUCAUCAUCAACCGUUCGAUGAUGAGACUUUUGAUUUUGAGUUUUCGAAUGUGUUUGAUCAUGCUUUGUAUCCACGUAAAUUUGUCCGUGAGAUUGAACGGACGUUGAGGCCCGGUGGAGUCUGUGUUUUACACGUGGCGGUUGAUAGACGGUCUGAUAAAUACUCUGCUAAUGAUUUGUUUAGCGUUGAACCGUUGAUCGAGUUGUUUGAGAAUUCGGAGCUGGUUUAUGUCCGGAAAGUUGACGGGUUCGGGUUGGAUACGGAGGUCGUGUUUAGAAAGAAGAAGAAGAAAGGUGGAGGGUGAUACAUUUAACGGUCCAAAUUUUAUUUUCAUUUUUUGAUACAUUAUAGUUUUAAUUUGUGAUAUUUAGUAAAAUAGUUAAAUCAUUUACGUGUAUUAUGAUUAAUGUUAAAUUUGGUGGAUUAUAUCUUUUUUAA